CGUUGAUGGGAAACGUAACUUUUUGCUGACAAAUGAAUUUAAGUUUAACUUUUUAAAGUUUGGCGAUAUUGUUUUCCUCCUAUCAAAGAAUACUUCUUAUAAUAUGUCUUGAUAACUAUUGAAAUAUUCAUGGUCUACAGGCUUAUCUAAGAUUGGGAAGAACAUUAAACUUCUUACUAUGACAUCAUUCAUCAUUUUGAUGCUGACCAACGCCUCCAUUCUUACCUGCAGCAAAUCGUGGACAAACUUUGGUUCUACUUUCAAAGGCAUUUUUAUCGAUUGAAAUUUCUGCAUAACAUUGGAAUCAAAUUUUUAAAAGGAAUCGAUAAAAUUUUGUGAUUGUCAUGAAGGAAGAGACUUGUAGUGGUUCAAAUAGUUUGGAUAACAUUGAAACCAGAGAGUCCUGCCCAAAAAAAGACAUAGUUCGUGAUAAAUCACAUCUUUUUAACCCGUUUUCUCCUCUGAAUGGAGAGCAAAUUAAACAUAUUGGGAAAUGUGCUGCUGGAGUUUUUACUAUAUCAAACUUUCGAUUUUUUGCCUUGUUGCAACAUUACCUCAUCAAUGUUCCUUUGAUGUUGAUUGAGGCGUUAGAGUGGAAGGGAAAGGACUUUCCAGAAAUAUUUGUUUCUUGCAAGAAUGGACAGUCAUUUCAGCUCAAGUUUGACUGUGUUGAAAGCUGUAGCUUGUGGUAUGAAAGAUUGAAGGAGAAAGCAGAAAUUCCCGAUCAUCUUGAGAAAUUGUUUGCAUUUUCUUAUCAUACCUCAUGUCAGGACUUAGUUUCAAUAAACCAACCCCUUUCCGAUAAUCAUGUGGGAUUUUUAAACUUAAAAGGUAAGAUGCAGUCUGAUUUUAUGGAUGAAUACAAGAGAAUGGGUUUUGAAAUGGACCCUGCCUGGAAAAUUACUGAUGCCAAUUCGAACUUUGAAUUAUGUUCUUCAUAUCCCAAGUUGCACAUUGUACCCAAAUUGAUCACAGAUGACAAAUUAAAGAAGAUUUCCAAAUUUCGUGCCAGUCAAAGAUUUCCUUCAGCUGUUUGGAGACAUAGCAAGUAUGGUGUUGUAAUCGCACGUUGUAGUCAACCAGAAGUUGGUUGGUUGUACUGGCGUUGUGAAGAGGAUGAGUUCUACUUCAAGGCUUUGGAAAGCAUUGUAAAUGUGGAAAUAAAACUUGAUGAAAGUCUUGGGAAUGAUUCUUCUGACAGUCACUUACCUAAGGAAAAAGAAACACAUUGUGCUAAUGGAUAUUUAGUGAAUGGAGGCAUUGAGGAACUUGCAAAAGUAGAGGAACUGGGGAAGAAAGUUCUUGUAGUAGAUUGUCGUGGUAAUUAUGCUGCUUUUGCAAACCGAGUCAAAGGAGGGGGAAGUGAAUGUACAGAGUAUUAUCCAAAUUGUAAGAUUCAGUUCAUGGGCUUAGCAAACAUUCACUCUGUUCGUAAGAGUUUUCAUUCUUUGAGAGAAUUAUGUUGCAAGCAACAAGACCAGACAGGGUGGCUUUCUUGUUUGGAAGGGACUAAAUGGCUUUCCCAUAUAUCAUCGUUGAUAAAAACAGCUGUCAUAGUAACAAAGGCAAUUGAACAAGAACGAAAACACGUCGUUGUUCAUUGUAGUGAUGGUUGGGACCGAACACCACAAGUUGUUUCGUUGGCUGAGCUACUUUUGGACCCUUUUUAUCGAACCAUGAAGGGUUUUCGUAUUCUUCUUGAGCGCGAAUGGUUUUCAUUUGGUCAUAAGUUUGCUGAUCGUUGUGGUCAUACCUGUAAUGAUAAUGAUGACUUAAAUGAACGAUCUCCAAUCUUUUUACAAUUUCUUGAUUGCGUUCAUCAACUACUUCGACAGUUUCCAUGUUCAUUUGAGUUUAAUGAAACAUUUUUGGUGAAGCUUGUCCAUCAUACGUAUUCUUGUCUCUAUGGAACGUUUUUGUGUAAUACUGAAAAAGAAAGAUUAAGAUCGAAUAUUAAACUUCACACGACAUCUAUAUGGCCUAUGUUACAGUCACAUUCAACGUGUAUAAAUCUUCUGUACAACCACUUUGACAAGCAGGUACUUUAUCCCGAAUAUCAAGCAAGUAACAUUUUAUUGUGGUCGUCGUUGUACUUAAAUACACCUCGGGUCUACUUUGAUCAAUGUAUAUUGUCAUCAGGUCUGUCUUGUGAGGAUGAUGGUUCUCGUGACGCGUGCUUCCGAAAUCAAACGGAAUCUCGUCGUCAAUUUCAUCGACGCAACUCAGAUGGAGACAUGAAAAGUUUAUGUAAUAAAGAAAGUUUUAAUGGAAGUCCAGGAUCACGUGAUGAUUCGGAUAUUUAUAUGACUAAAAAUUUUGGUUGUAAAUCAGAGACUUGUUUAAAUCUUCCUCGAGGGUCGACGUUGUGUUUACCGGAUCUAAAUUUGGACGAUGACAAUAGCUACAAGGAAAGCUCCGUUAAAGACAAUGCUUUACACAACUGUGAAUUUAGUGAGAAUAUCAUGUGCAAUCUUGAUGAGAAUAAUGAUAAUAUGGAAAAUAAUCAGCUACUGGAAAAGACCGCUGACUUUAGUGACAGUUUGAGCAGUAGCACAAAUACUUAUGUCGAUAAAGUUGAUCAUAGUUGUGAUGGAACUGUGAACGCGAAAAUUUUGAAAAAUCCGAGGAAGAUGGAUUGAAAAAUGCUUUGUAACACUGAAACAAACUUGGAAUCUAAUCACCCUACUACUGACGUCACAGAUGAUAUUACAAAGAACGAUGUGGGGACUCGGUCUUUUGAGCCAGCGGCAUGUCCUACUGAUAAAUUAUGUUCGAGUGUGUGCGAUCAAUAUUUAGAUGUUGAUGGUUUGUCCUUAGUUAUUGAUCCUGUGCAAGCACGUUUAGUCAAGUUACAACGCUGUUAUCGUGAAAAGAUAGCGAAAUUAGAAGAUUUGUUGAAAAGCCAACAUUGUGUUUGUGAAGAGAGUCAAAAGACCAAAAAAGAUCCGAUUGAUUCAAUUGAUUCAACUUACGAUCGUCACAGUCUUUCUUCUGUAUCAAGUGAUGCGCAAUCUGAUAUUUGUGAGAGCUGGGAACAAGUUACAGAUGAUGAUGUAAGGCCUGUACUUUGGCUACCAGACCAUCAUGCAGUCCGCUGUGGGAUUUGUGAUCAGACGUUUAAUCUUCUCAAUCGAAAACAUCACUGUCGAAGUUGUGGUGGAGUCUUUUGUGGUGUAUGUUGUAGUGAAAUGGCACCCGUCCCUUCAGAGCAACUCUACGACCCUGUUCGUGUUUGUAAAUCUUGUUUCACCAAACUUCACAUCGGAAUGACACCAGAAAUUGUCGUAUCCGCAUCAUGACGUCAUAGUACAAUAGUUUUAGGUUUUGUCUGUGCAGUGAUUGUGAUGUGGUGUAACUUGCCCCCUUUGUUCCAUUAUUUAAAAACUAUUUUAAAUUUUCUGACAGUGCUAUCGAAGCAUGUAACAAUCUGUAAAUACUCGUUUAAGCACCGCGCUCCUUGUGCUAAGAAUCUGCACUGCGCACACUUAAUAGAAAGUGGCUGUUUUUAUAUCUUAUUUAUGCUAGGUCUAAGCACUUCAACCUUGUGGUAUUUAGGAUCUUAUUGAAAGUCACCACUAUAAUGAUGACUUGAAGAUAAAAGAAAGUUAGUUGUUACAAUAAUGUUAAAAAUACUAAGUUAAGAUAUCAGAGUUUAAUAUAUCUGUACAUUGUGAUUGUUUAAUAUGUUUUAAUUUAUGUAAAAAUCCUCGCGUAACGGGGAAUUAUAACUUUUAAGAAAUAAUUCUUUGAACUAUUUAACCACUUUGUCACCAUGCAACCAGAUUGUAAUUAAAAUUUCCUAAUUACAUUUAUUACAUUAUACGUA